GUUGUUGCGCAGCCCUGGUUUUACAUUGUUUUUACGCUGGCAUUAAUUAGAAUUGUCAAUGUCGAUAGCUAGCGCUGCGCAGCCACCGUGGAUAUAUAAUCGGUCCUUCAGAUAGCCAGUCCACAACUAUAUAUAUUCCCGAUUCCCCGAUUUGUUUUUGUUUCUCCCUAUUUUUGUUUUGUUUUUCGGUUUGUUUUUUCCCCCUCCCCCCCGGUAACUAGAAUAGUUAGUAAUAUUUUGUAAUUGAAUCGACGAUGGCGGAGGAUUCGGCUGCUUUGGAGAGUUCCUAUGAUUUCUCCAUCGUUCAGCCAGACGAUCACGAAUAUGGCGAGGUGGAUACACGCUUGACGGGCAGCUCCAACGAUCUGUCCUUGUUACAGAAUGUAUCCGCCAGCACAACGAGGGGCACCGAAGGCAAGGGCCGUUUGGACAGCCUUAAAGAGAAUCUGUACAAACAGCAGGAACGCCUAACUGCCUUAAAAGAACGCGCCUUGAGAAAGUCCCAGGAUGGGCGACGCAAGCCCAGCAUGAGUGACUCCAUGGAGUCGCUGAAGACGCUGGGACAGAAGCUCACCGUGUUGAAGACACGCUCUGGCGACUCCUCCACUCCACUGGUCACGCCCACAAAGGACAGCGCCCCCGGGGAUGUGUCGCUGCUCCAGACCAGCGGCAACGAGAAGCUGCUGAUGCUCACCCAACGCACGGAACAGAAUCGCGCCCUUUUGGAGCAGCGAAAAAAGGAUCUGGCGAAAUCUCUGCUCUCUGUCAAGUCGAAUAUUGGCAUUGGCCGCCAAACUACCGCCGAGCUGGGCUCGUCCAUGACGGAUCUGCGGCAGGCGGGGUCUACCUCCAAUCCGCCAGUUUCCCGCCAUCGUUCGGCCUUAGAUUUGGAGGCCCAGGGUCAGGAGCCGCUGGACGAGAGCCGGGUGAAGUUGCUCAAGAAUCGAAUGAAAAUCACGGAGCUUAAGCAGAGCCGUCAGGAGCAGGAGCUGCAGGAAUUGCGCACGGAACUGGCCAAGCGCGCCAAUCUCAUCGAGCAAUUGGAGCUAUCCGGUGCGGAACUGCAGCGCACGCUAACACAGCGAAAUGAGGAGUUGGAGCAAUUGCGUCUGGGCCAAGAAGUGGAAAACAAGGUGACGGAGGGAGAUAGCCUGCAGCAGCAGGAGCAUUCUCGUCUCCAGGGAGAGGUUUUAGUCCUAAGAGAACGACUGGCAGAGCUGGAGAACGUAAACGAUCUGCUAGAGACGACCCGCUGUGAACUUCAGGAGGAAUUGACCACGGCACGCGAACGGGAGAGGCAGCGGGAUCAGGAGCUGGAGCAAGAGCACGAGCACGAGAAGUCUUCCAGCAGUCCGCACUCGGAUGCGGCGUCCACAGACGCCCAAGUGAGCGUGGAGCUGGCCAAACAGCUCCAAGAGCUCACCAAUCAGCUCUCCGACCUGCAGGCCACCAACGAGGAGCUACGUCAGCAACUAGCCGCCCAAACGAAAAUCCAGGUGAGCGAUGAGGUUGUUUCCCAGCGCCUCGAGGAACUGGAAGCCACCAUAGCAGCACAAUCCUCUCAGUUGGAGGAGCAGAAGUCGGCAAUGGCUGCCCAAAGUGAAGAGAUCGCGGAAAAGACCACGGAACUCAAUGUCCUUAAUGUGAAUCUGCGUCUGCUGGAGGAGAAACUGGCCCAAAGCAGUCGCAGUAAACCUUUGUUCCUGGACGACCAUAUGGAAGACAGUGCGGCUAGCAACCAGCUGCAGGAGGAGGUGCAGCAGUUGAAGCAGAAACUGGACGAAUCCAACAAGGCCAACAUCAAACUGAAACUCAAGUGCAAGCAGGCGGAGAAGCAGCUGCAGAAGCUCCAAUCCCAGGAUGGCCAGCAGCAAUUGGCAUCGCUGGCAGCGGAUAACGAGGAGCUGCAGCAGAGGAUCACGGUCCUGGAGGACGAGAAAGGUCAAUGGCAGUUGGCCAACAUGCAGGAGGAGGAGGUGGAGGUUCGCCAGCCACCCCAAUCGCCGGAGUCCAAUCCUCUGCAGUUGGAGGCUAUUCGCCUGCUGGAAGAGCAGAAACAGGAAUUGCAGCAGGCUUUGGAGGCACUGCAGCAAGGACACGAGUCUGCCCGCGUUGAAUCUGAGCUGAGCGAAGUGCAAAUGGAGGAGCAGCUCACCCAACGCGUUCAACAACUGGAGCAAGAGGCCCACGAGCAGCGCCAACAGCUGGACACCCUGCAGACGGAGAAGGAAACGCUGGACAAGAAGCUGACGCACUACAUUAACGAGAACAUGGAGCUGCUGGACAAAUUGGAGAAGCUCAGCUCAUCCAGUUCAGCGGAAUCCAUCGAAAUAGUGGAGCGCCAGCAGUUGGAGUGUUUUGGCCAAAGACGUCCGGCCAGCGAGGGUGAUGCCCAGGAGCAGAAGCAAGUGGAUCCACCAGUGCCCAGUCACGUUAGUGAGCUCACCCAAACGGAGGAGGAGGAUUCCCCAAGCGAGAGUAUUUCUCAGCUGAGGGAACGCCUCGAACUUUUUACCCAGGAACGCGGAGAGGUACUAGACAAGCUGGAGCAACUGUCGGCGGAGAAUUUGCAACUCCAGGCCAGACUGGAGGAGAGUUCCAGCUCACUGCAGAUGCUGCAGCGUGAACGUGAAAAAGAUCUGAUCUCCUCCACAUCCACCUCGUCCAAUCUGUCGCAAGAACUGAGUUCUAUGCAGCGAUCGUCGGAGGUGGUGGCCACUUUGGAUGCGGGCGAAGGAGGGCCCGUGCUCUUUGAGAAAUGUGAAAAAUCUCUAAGCAAGCUCAACUCGGAAUUGGAGGCGUAUCGCAAGGCCAACGAUAGGCAGGCCAAGUUUAAUGUGUCCAAGAAACUGGCCAAGGAGGCGAAGAACUGUCACACCCAGUUGAGCGAGCUUCUUCACAAGGUAAAAGAAGCUAGCACGGCGGUGGAAACUGUGACCGUCGUGGAGACAGUGGUGGCCGUCACCGCUCCCAAUGGCAAAGCUCUGGCGGAGUACGAGCAGCUUAACGCCCAGAAUGCGGAACUCAAGGCGGUGAUCUCCCGCUUGCGCCAGGAAUUGGAUGAACUGAGGGAUAGCUAUCCCGAAGCAGAACCCCCAUUGGCCAUAAUUGGUUCCGAGUCUCAAAGAGAAGAGGAGUUCCUGCAACUGCAAUCGCUGCUGGAGGACACACGCUCUUCCGAGGCGGAGCUACGUCAGCAGAUCGAGGAGCAACUGGAGCAAAUCAGGGAACUGCGUCAAAUCGAAGCCGAUCAGUUGCAAUUGGUGGCCAGGCAGAGUGCCGAGAUCACACAGCUCCAGCUGCAAGCGGAGCAAUUCGAUCAGCUGCUAAACGCCAAGGAAAUGAGCCAUGAGAAGCAACUGGAGCAGCAGACGAGAAUUCGGCGAGAGUUGGAGGCGCGCGGUGAGUCCCUGGAGGGCGAAUUGAGCAUCCUGCAGGCUCUAGUUGCCGAGCAGAAGCAGCAACUGAUCGAGAACCUGAGCGAAAAUGAGCAUAAUCUUAACCUUAAGAUGCUGGAACUGCAAUCCGCUCAAGAGGAGCUGGUGGAACUGAGGGCCAAAGAGGAUCCGGAUCAGCUGAGGGAGGCUCUGCGAAUUAGCAAGAGCCUGGCUGCUCAGCAGAUCAGUGAGCUGGCUUCCAGCCAGGAGACCAUCGAUGCCCUAAACCAGCAAAUCCAGGAGUUGUACCAGGGAGUGGAGACAGCCCGCCAGGAAGAGCAGCUCAAGACCCGCGAACUGCGCGAGAAGCUCAAGAAAUAUGCCCUUAACCUCAAGAAGCGAACGCAGGACAAUGCCGAGCUCGAGCAGAAGGUCCAAGAGCUGACCAGUCAAGUUCAAGAACUGCAGGAGGAGGUCAAGCAAAAGGAGCUGCUGGAACAGGAGGAGCGUGAGCCCAUUGUGGAUACCCAACAAGUGGAGCAGCUGCAGCAACAGAUCAACAAGCUCAACGAGGAUCUUAAGGCCAAGAUCCAUGCCAAUCUGGAGAACCGCGAUGCCCUGCGUCAGCUGAAGCAGCAAAUUCAAGAGCAGGAGGAACUGAUCCAACAGCGCGAUGCUGAGCUUCAAGAUGCCAAUCUGGUUAACAAGGAAUUGCGGCGCGAGCGCCAAGAAGCUGAGCAAGAAGUCUUCCAGCAGGGCCAGGAGAACUCCAGACUCAAGCAAGAACUCUCCCAGCGACAGCAGGAGAUCCAUAAUCUCGAACAGAAGCUGAGGGAACAGCCAACGGCUAUUGUAGAUUUGCGGCUUCAAUUAGAGGCAAAAUCUAAGAAGUUCGAAAAGUCCAAGGAGCUGAUAAAGCAUCGCAAUGCCACCAUUCAAGCGUUGCAGCGAGAACUGCAGCAGCUGCAGCAGCAGCAGGACAACCAGGUGGAACAUGUGCGAGCCAAGCGGGCAACGCAGGAGCAACUGCAUCUGGAGAAGGACGAGGAGAUUGCUGCCCUUCGCCAGAAAAUUACCCAGCUGGAGAGCCAAAGGAUCAGUGCUGCCGAACACCAAGGCGAUGGCACAAUUACCAAGAUCACACAGCAACAAUUGGAAUCCCAAUCGCAAGCGGAUUCGCUUCGGGACUCCGAUAGGGAGCAGCAGGACCUCCGUAUCCAAUUGACGGCGGCCCAGCAGCAGCACUCUCUGCUGGCGCAGCAGUAUGCCAAAGAUAAGGCCACCUUUGAAUUGACCAUCGACCGGCUGGGGACGAUUCACGACGGCAUUAAGGCCAAGCUGCAGGAGGAUGCCUCGUACAUUGAGUCGCUGGAGGCGCAGAUCUCGGAUCUGCAGGCCAGAAACGCUGCACUUGAGGAGCAGGCCGCCAGCCAGGCCAAUGAACAGGCGGCGGCCGAGGAUCACAGGCAAAUACUGGAGCAACAGAUGCAGGCACAACGCGAGCAGGAGGAGCAACAGCGACUGCAGGAUCAGCAGCUACAGGAGCGACUACAGGAGCUUGGCCAACGGGAGCAGGCUCAACAACGCCAGCUCGAGUUGAUCACCAGCGAAGCGGAAGAGACCAGGCAACAACUGUCUAAACUGCGAACGGACUACGAAUCCCUGCUGGCCAAACAUGCUCAGCUAACGGCCAACGCCCAGGCCGAACGGGAACAGCUGAGCAGCCACAAUCAGGAGGAGCUGGCCGAUCUGCACCAGAAAUUGGCUGCCAAGGAGGCGGAUCUGCAUCGUCAGCGACAAGUUUAUGAUGCCAAGCUGGCCGCCAAGGCCACGGAACUCGAUGAACUGGAGUGUGACCUCAAUGACCAUGUAGAACGAGCCGCUGCCGAGACACGAGAUCUUCUCCAGCAAGUGGAGCGCUCACAAGAGCUGGUAAAUCAACGCACGGAGGAACUGCAGCGACUCAACGAGGAGUUCCAGGAGGUGGAGCGCGAGAGGUCCACUUUAAGUCGAGAAGUGACCCUGCUGCGUUUGCAGCAGGACAGCGCCGAGCAGGACGUGCUGGAGCUCCAGGAACUCCGCAUGCAGGUCAUGCAGGACAAGACCGAAAUGGACAAUCUGCGCACGCAGAUAGAUGCCCUCUGCGCCAAUCACAGCCAGGAGCUGCAGGCCUUGCAGCAGCAGAUCGCCGAGCUGGACACUCUGGGUCAGAAUCAAACGGACGAUCAGGUCUACAUCGAAACGGAGAACAAGCGGUUGGCGGAGCAGCUAAGCGAAUUGCAGGCUCAGCUGGCCAGGCAGCAGCAGCACCAGCAGCAGAUUCAUCAUCCUGUUGCCCAAUCUCAGCAGCAUCCUCCACCGGCUUCCCUCUUCUUCGGCGGCGAUGCUUUGGCCGCUCCCUCACCCUUCGAUGAAAUAGCCCAGCCGAUAAGGGUUUCCUCGCUGGUGGCAAGUGCUCCGCCGCCUAUUCCUCCGCCACCCACUAUUGAGGAUCUGCAGCGGAAUGUCUCCGAUCUGGAGAAGCAUGCCCAGGAUCUGGAAACGAAGCUGCUAGCGCGAAAUCAGAGUUUAGCGGAACAGGAAGAGCGACGUCUGCAGUUGGAGCAGCAUCUAAGGGAAUUGGAGCUCCUGCUUAGGGAACGGGAUCAGCAGCUGGCCGAGAUUAAGGCGGCCAACGAGGAACGUGAGCGCUUGGCGGCGCUGGAGAAGCUCAUCCAGCCGGCGGCAGCGCCCACAUUGGACAUGUUCUUUGGCGGACAGGCCGGGGAAACGGUGCCCGAUGCAGUGAGUCACCAUUUAGACUUGGGCCUGCCGCAAACAGAGCCAGUGGAGGAACCUCUCAUUCAGCCCAAAAAGGCGUAUCUUUGCCAGCCGAAGCAGGAGCAUCAAGAGCCGACUACUCAAUCCAUUGAUUGGGGUGUGGACGAGGAUCCCUGGGCGAGUGCCGCCACCGAGGCGCCGCAAACCGAUGUGGAACCCCUGCACGCAAGAAUCGCCCAAUUGGAGCUGCAGUUGGCCAGUUCCGAGCAACAGAAAACCGAGCUCCAGACCAAGGCCGCCAAGCUAAUGAAACGACUAAAGGAAUACAAAACGAAGGCAACGACGACAGUGACAGCCACGCCCACAGUCACAGUGGAUAAUGAUCUGGAUUCGGCCAUUAUUGAGGAGCUUAAGCACCAGCUCCAGUUGCACGAAUCCCGUCAAGCCAAAGCGGAGGAGCUAAUGCAGCAGCACGCCCUGGAAAAGGAGAAGCUAACCAAGCGGAUUGAUGUACUGACCGCAGGCAAUGAUCGUAUGGCGGAGCUGAAGGAGCGCCAAGACAUGGAUGUGCAGAUGUAUCAGGCGCGCAUCCGGGAGCUCCAGGAGAAGCUCAACCAUCUGGACCAGUGGGAUGUGCCCACUGCUGCAGCUGCUCCCGUUGCUCCUGCCGCCACUUCAUCCUUAAGCGGCGAUGAAGCGGCAAGGAUUGAGAACCUGCAAGCUGAAAACCAGGAUCUGAAUGCCGAGUGCCAGGAACUGCAAGAGAAACUGAAGGAGGAGAGACGUUUAGCCCAAAUGGCCCAGGAAAUCGCGGCACAGGUUCAGUCCCAAAAGGAGACCCUACAGGAGCAAUUAACGGAACGUUUGCAGGAGGUGGAGGAGCUUAGGCAGGCUCAGAGCAAUGUGGAGGAGUUACAGGCUCUAAAAGUGGAGGUAGAUUCCCUCCGACAGCUUCAGGGGGAGGUGACUCAGUUGAGAAGCCUCCAGUCCGAAGUCGAGCACUUGCGGAGCCUCCAAGCCGAACUUGAGCACUUGCGUGGCCUUCAACCCGAACUUGAGCACUUGCGUGGCCUUCAACCCGAACUUGAGCACUUGCGUGGCCUUCAACCCGAACUUGAGCACUUGCGUGGCCUUCAACCCGAACUGGACCACCUUCGGGCCUUCAAAUUGCAGCAGGACCAAUUGGGCAGUCAGAAAAUUCAGGAGGAUCAUUUGGAGUUCCAAAAAAUAGAACAGGAACACCUGAGGAACCUCCAGGGCGAGGUGGAGCAGCUGAGGAACCUGCAAACGGAGGUGGAUCAGUUAAGGAACCUUCAGCCAGAAGUGGAGCACCUUAGAGCCCUCAAACUGCAGCAGGACAACCAACAACAGGAGCUUCAGCAACUACGCCACCAACUUGCCCAACUGGAAGCACUGCGCGCACGCGACCAAGCCGAAUUGGAGGCACUGCGUCAGAGUAGCCAAAGUCAGGAGGCACCGCUGGACGUCGACUCCAGGAGCGAUGAGCAGAUGGCCCAGCUGCAGGAAAAGGAAGCCGAGAUUGUGCAUCUGAAGCAACGCAUCGAAGAGCUAAUGCGCGAAGACCAAACAGAGAAACUGGUCUUUGAGAUCCUGACCAAAAACCAGGAACUGCAAAUGCUACGCAUGCAGGUUAAGCAACUGGAGGAGGAGAGGGAGGAUCACCAGGUGGCCGCGGCUCCUUUAUCGGGCGAUGGGGAAUCUGUGGAACAGCUGCGAGUCCAGUGCCAACAGCUUCAACAGGAAAAAUCCGACAUGGAGGAGGAGCUGCGCGUGCUGAACAAUCAUGUUCUCAGCAGCCUGGAGCUGGAGGACAGGAUGAAGCAGACGCUGCUCCAGCUGGACACUAAAAACAUUGAGAUCACCGAACUGCGACGCUCCCUGGAGGUGCUGCAAACUCAAAAUCUUGUCCAGAACCCCGAUUCACAGCAAAUUCUCGAUCUGGCGGCAAUCAAUCAACAGUGGGAACAGCUGGUGGAGCAAAAGUGCGGCGAGGUGGCCAGCAUUUGGCAGGAUCAUCUGGCUCAGAGGGAGGCCGCCUUUAAGGCUCAGCUGGAGGAGAUUACCCAACAGCAGCAGGAGCAGCAGCAGCAGAAGGAACAGCCCCAAAACCAGGUUCAGGAUCAAUACACGCAGGGUGAAUCCACCAGCGACAUGAUGCUGAAAAUGCAAAAGGCACUGGAAACGCAGGAAAUGGAGAUUGUGACGCUCAAGGAGCAGCUGGCCAUUCGAUCGGCGGAGUAUGCUCGCCUAGCUGCCCAAUACGAUCCCUUCCGGCUGCAGAAUCGUGGAGGAUCCGGUGGCAAUCCGGCGGCCGUCUCAGCUGGCGGACCACCGCCCUUAAAUGCCAACGAACCACUGCCCGAGUAUGUGCUCAAAGCGGAUCUGGACUACGCCCUGAUGAUGCUCCACCAGCGGGACAUGCGCGUCGAGGAGAUGAUCCUGGAACUAGUGCAGCUGCUCGAGGAACGUGACCACCUGCAGCUGAAGCUAUCGGACACGCUGCGCCAAUUGGAGACAGAGCGGAGUCGCGUAAGCGAUGAACCAGCCUGUGCCACGGCCUCCUCAUCGGCCGCUUCGGGCAGCAGUCCCAGCAAAACGAGCAGUGCCGGCAGCAGCAGCGAACUCCUGGGCUCCACGACCAGUGCAGCGGGCAGUGACCUCAAGCAGAAGCUUGCAGAGUUACAGACGGUGAAGCAUUCCAAGGACAAGGCCAUCGUGGACGAGCGUGAGCAGCGCCUCCAGCAGAUGAUCCAGCUGCAGAAGGACAUGGCCAAGCAGGGAUCCGGUUCACAAUCGGUUUCAGGAUCAGUAGGAACAACAGCAACUACAACUGCACCGGCACCAACACCAAUUGGCGUGGAUCUCUCUCAGUCCGGAUUGCGUUCGCCAUCGAUGAUGCUCAUGGACUGGAUAAUGGGCAGCAACAACAACAAGGAGGAGGAGGCGGCGGCGGCGGCGACGACGGGUCACCAGGCCUCCGGCUAACCCCCUCCCAAUUCCCGGCGAGGACAACUACGAACCCCAGAUGCCUGUAUCCCCCCUACGACUAGCACUUUAAUUACGAAUCAUUACUUAACUUUAAUUCUGGCCUUCCUUGCGCGGACAAUGUCGAUGUGGCGAUAGCGUUAGAGUUCUUUAUACGAUAUUAUGUACCUUGGCUGGCUGAAAAGCCCUCCUGCCACCCCCUAAGCCGUUUUAUGUUGUAGAUAUGUAAAAAAAAUUGUAUAAAAAAAAAACGAAAUGAAACGAAGCAGAAGCAGAAGAUAAAAAACCAGAAAAUCUAACUGAAGAGAAUUUAGGAAUUAAACCAAAAUAUAUAUAACAAA